AUGCGUCACGUUCCGGAAACCGGCGACGGCGGGUAUCUCGCGGACGGCAAAUACGCGCCGCUCGUUUAUCAAAGCUGUUUGUAUCCACGUUCACGUCGAUCGCUUACUUCACUCUCGCAAUAUGGGGUUGGAAAAGUAAAGAAAAAUAAAUCAUAUACUACAAGCCGACGUCGACAUCCACGUCGAGAGCUCGUCGCGACCAUAUCGAACAUGACACAACGCCAGCUCAAAAUCCAACAAUUAUGCUUGUGUCACAUUAAACUGUAUACGUAUCGGAAGAAAAAAACGAAGGAACGUUGCAGAAAGAAACGGCAGGUCUUCGUGUACAACCCGGAUGAAGAAAUCUGGCACGAACCCUACAUGCAGAUGCUCCACCACGAAUUCUUGGACGAAUCCGUGUGUGACUCCAAAAUUGAGUUACCCUGGAGGGACAUCGCCCUGCCAACGACAGGUGUGAAGAUUCGUCGCGACGAAACUUCAACGGCUGAGACGGACAUGGAGGAGGCUGAGGCAAAGAUCAUCGGCGACGAGAAGCGAGAGUCCAACGGUGCCAUGACGCUACCAUGGCAGGAUUUAAUCAUCACGAAGAUUUUGCCGAGCGUGCAGGAUGAUCCAGGGAUCUGCGAUUCCUCGUUGGAAAUACCCUGGGCUGACCUAACUCUGGAGAAACCAGUAGUGAUACGUCCAAGGGAAGAACAGAUCUGCGCGCCCGACGACGUCGAGAUCCCAUGGAACGAAAUCCUGGUGCCGCGCAACAUCGUCAUUGAAUCCGAGAGAAAGAGAAAGCAUCCCUCAUCCACGCGGCCGCCACGUGCGCGUGUGGUCGAUAAACCGUGUGUUGAGAUAUGCUGCGGCACGCGUCCCUGCCACGCGGAAAACCCCGUCAAAGGUUCUCACUGGCUCGCUACCUCCAUGUAGAAAUAAACAUUUAU